CCGGGAGGCCGCAUUGUUCCAGCUGAUGCAGCACGGGGUCUCCGGAGCAGCAGGAGCAGGGACCCCUCCCCGAUCAGCGCCGCCGUGUGUCCGGGGGGGGGAGAUGCCGCACUAGAGGCCGCCGUCAUGUCGUUCCCGGGGCGCCCGGUGCCGGGACAGCUGUGCUCCGGGGUCUUCGGGGGGAUCAUCCCGCCGCCCCUGGGGCACAAGUUCUACUGUCAUAACGGAGCCGCCAGCGGGGGAGGAGCAGGGCCCCCCGGGCCCCAGCACCCGGGGGCCCCACACUGCACCGGGGAGCCCGAGCCCGACCGGCCUAUCGGAUACGGAGCGUUUGGGGUCGUCUGGUCGGUGACUGACCCCCGAGAUGGCAAACGUGUGGCCCUUAAGAAGAUGCCCAAUGUCUUCCAGAACCUGGUGUCCUGCAAGCGAGUCUUCAGGGAGCUGAAAAUGCUCUGCUUCUUCAAGCAUGACAACGUUCUGUCUGCCCUCGAUAUCCUGCAGCCCCCACAGAUCGACUGCUUCGAGGAGAUAUACGUGAUCACAGAACUCAUGCAGACCGACCUUCACAAAGUCAUCGUGUCCCCGCAGCCGCUCAGCGCCGACCACAUCAAGGUCUUCCUGUACCAGAUACUACGAGGGCUGAAGUAUCUCCACUCGGCCGGGAUCCUGCACCGAGACAUCAAACCGGGGAACCUGCUGGUGAACAGUAACUGCGUGCUGAAGAUCUGUGACUUUGGUUUGGCGCGGGUGGAGGAGUUGGACGAGUCCCAGCACAUGACGCAGGAGGUGGUGACCCAGUAUUACCGGGCCCCCGAGAUCCUCAUGGGGAGCCGCCAUUACCACAACGCCAUUGACAUCUGGUCUGUCGGCUGCAUCUUCGCCGAGCUUCUCGGGAGGCGAAUCCUGUUCCAGGCGCAGAGUCCCAUCCAGCAGUUGGACCUGAUCACGGACCUCCUGGGGACUCCUCCUCUCACCGCCAUGCGCUCCGCCUGCGAGGGAGCGAGAGCCCACAUACUGCGCGGCCCCCAUAAGCCGCCGUCCCUCUCGGUCUUGUACAUGCUGUCUGGUGAAGCCACCCACGAGGCCGUUCACCUCCUUUGCCGGAUGCUGCUCUUUGAUCCGGCGAAGAGGAUCUCUGCCAAGGACGCCUUGGCCCACCCUUACCUGGAGGAGGGGCGCCUCCGCUACCACACGUGUAUGUGUCACUGCUGCUAUUCCGUGUCCUCGGGACGCGUCUACACUGCGGAUUUUGAACCCACGGCCGGCGACCGGUUUGAUGACUCGUAUGAGAAGAGCCUCACGUCUGUCUGGCAGGUUAAAGAGCUCGUUCACCGCUUCAUCACAGACCAACAACAGGGCAAGCGCCCUCCGCUGUGUAUAAACCCGCACUCCGCCGCCUUCAAGACCUUCAUCAGAUCCACUGCCUGGCAUUCCUCAAAGGUUUCUAAGAAGGAGGAGAGAUGAAGCGCUCGUGGCCGGAGUCCUGGGAAUCUCGCCCUUCACAGCAUGAAGCCUCGCCUGCCCUUCCACUGCUGGACAUGACUCCUCCGUUCUCCCGCUCGCUCCCCGUAUCUAUUAGUUCCCUGUUCAUUAUAAUCCCUGAGGACUUUUCCCAGAAUCCUGUGCGGUUCCACGGUGCGGGCGGCAGUGAUUGGCUGAGGGACCUCUAUACGGAUAAAGGACGCUGUAAAUAUUUUCUAUACGGAGAAUCCUCUGCCUUGUCCGCCUCCCCUGUCACUGCCUUUGGGGAGACCCCUGGACUGUUGGGACGCCUGCAUCAUCGGGCGCCGACUCCGCUCCACCCGGCAAAACUAGUGUUUUAUUUAUUCUACUGAUAGAAAGGAGAGGAAAGCAGUAAAAGUAAGAGGCCCCCCCCCCUCCCCGCUUUACAGAAGGGGCAGCCAUAUUGUGGGCGAGACCAAUGGCGGAGGCAUCACUGGAGCAUUCCUCAGAUUGGUGAUGCCCCUCUUCACUCCUACGUAUACUGCCCACGGUAUGGCUGCAGAUAGUUGGGGGAGGGGAGCUGCGCUGGAGCAUGGCAUGCUGGGAGAUAUGUGCCAUGCUAGCAGUGACAAUCGCGUCAGGGUGCUGCCCCCCCCCCCCCCCCCCCUUCCCCACUGAGGGGUUUGGUUACCUGUUUGGGUAGGGGAAAGCUACAGCGACAUCUUGUGGUCAAAACUUGUGCUGCAGAUUAAUGCAUUUCACUUGUUGUAGCUUUCAGGUCUCUUCCUAAAAGGAUUUUUCUUUUUUUCUUUUAAAUUGGCUGCAACUAUAUUAUGCUGCUGGGCAAUAGACACUGGAGAGAAACCUGCCGAAAUAUUCCCAGGCAUUGGUGUAGAUGGUAUCUGACCUCCAGUGCUGAUCGGCCAGAUCUGUGGGGGGGGGGGCUGCAUUGUGCGGAGGUUGAUGCGAUGUCUAUGGCUGCAGAUUGCACAGACCACAGUCGGCCCUCUGCUGACAUCUUGUGGCCGCUGGCUGGUAUUGCAGCGGCUGGGUAUAAUGCACUACAGGGGCCUGGUGCGUGCAGAGUGCGGCUUCGGUCGUGUAUUUGACAGUUUUUCUCUCCCGUUUUCACGGAUUUCUUGAUUUUAUUAUUUUUUUUUUUUUAACUUAUGACUUGUGUACAGACGUAUAUCACGUUGUGUGUUAGUGCGAAUGAUGUCACUGUACUUAUGGUUUGAAACCCAUUCAAUAAUCUACCUCUUCCAGUAAGUGUUUCUUUUCUAUGAUUUAUAAAUUGUAUAUUGGUUUUUUUUUUUCUUUUAAUUUUCCUAAAUGUGAAAAAAA